AACGAUCCAUAGAUCUCAAGUCUCUCUCUCUUAGUGAAUAAAUUAGGGUUCGUUGAUUCUCUGUUCUUAAGCUCAGUAAUCGAGGAGAAGAAGAAAAGGGAAGAUCGGGAAUUGGGAAACUGAGAAGUCAAAAAGGCAAAUGCGAGUGGAGGAGAUUGAGUUUUAGAAUUCCAAUGUCUUGGGCUGCUCCUGAUGAUAUCUUCUUCUCCACUUCUCUUGCUGCUUACCUAGACAAGAAACUUCUUGUGUUGCUUCGUGAUGGUAGGAAACUGAUGGGUCUACUUCGGUCCUUUGAUCAAUUUGCUAAUGCUGUUUUAGAAGAAGCUUAUGAAAGAGUCAUUGUGGGUGAUCUCUACUGUGAUAUUCCCUUAGGUCUAUACAUUAUCCGUGGAGAAAAUGUUGUCUUGAUUGGUGAAUUGGACGUGGAAAAAGAAGAGCUUCCAGCUCAUAUGGUUCAGGUUCCAGAAGCAGAGAUAAAAAGGGCUCAGAAAGCAGAGAAGGAAGAAAUGCUUUUAAAGGGCACAAUGCGGAAAAGAAUGGAGUUCCUUGAUCUCGAUUAGGGCAUUUUCCUAUGUGUUGCAGCAUUGUAGAAACUAGAAGAUCUCAAGAUGGAGGAUACAGAAGAUCCUUAAACGUCAUAAUGUUAGUUGAUGUGUGUAUGUGUGGAUGACAUUGAUGAAUCCUCAGAACUUAGUCGUUGCAGAUCCUCUGCUCUGUUUAUGGAAUGAAAUUGUUGAGCCUGUUCUUUACUGGCCAUUUAUUUGAUC